CCCGCGCCAGUUGGAGCCUGUUCGCGUCGACUGACCAGAGUCCGCGAAUUCUCCGCUCCAAGCCCGUCGGGACUGCCCCGACCCCAGCUUUCUAUCCUUUGAAAACACUAAGAAUAAUGUCCCUGCAUCAAUUUUUAUUAGAGCCAAUCACCUGUCAUGCCUGGAACAGGGAUCGUACCCAGAUUGCACUUAGCCCUAAUAACCACGAAGUCCACAUCUAUAAGAAGAACGGGAGCCAGUGGGUAAAAGCUCAUGAACUCAAGGAGCACAACGGACACAUCACAGGUAUUGACUGGGCUCCCAAGAGCGACCGCAUCGUUACUUGUGGGGCAGACCGCAAUGCCUAUGUCUGGAGUCAGAAAGAUGGAGUCUGGAAGCCAACCCUGGUAAUCCUGAGAAUUAAUCGUGCAGCCACUUUUGUCAAGUGGUCCCCACUAGAGAAUAAAUUUGCUGUGGGAAGUGGAGCACGACUCAUUUCCGUUUGUUACUUCGAGUCCGAAAAUGACUGGUGGGUAAGCAAGCACAUUAAAAAGCCAAUUCGUUCCACUGUCCUCAGCUUGGAUUGGCAUCCCAACAAUGUUUUGCUGGCAGCAGGAUCAUGUGAUUUCAAAUGCAGAGUGUUUUCUGCGUACAUUAAAGAAGUGGAUGAAAAACCAGCCAGUACGCCCUGGGGCAGCAAGAUGCCGUUUGGUCAGCUGAUGUCAGAGUUUGGUGGCAGUGGCACUGGUGGCUGGGUUGCCGAUGCCUCAAAAAGCAUGCAGGUCUCAACUCUGAAAACGGAGUUCCUGCCCCUCCUGAGUGUGUCGUUUGUCUCGGAGAACAGCGUUGUCGCUGCUGGCCAUGACUGCUGCCCAAUGCUGUUUAACUACGAUGACACAAUUUCCUUAAAAUGCCUUGACACACUUAGGAAGGCGGGGCUCACUUCUACCACAUACCUUACAAUCUCUCAUUUUUGCUUUUUUUUCAGUCAAGUAUCUAUUUAUGAGGUGGACAAGCAAGAUUGUCGCAAAUUUUGCACUACUGGCAUCGAUGGAGCCAUGACAAUUUGGGAUUUCAAGACCCUAGAGUCUUCCAUCCAGGGCCUUCGGAUAAUGUGAAGCUAAGUGAGCCUCCCAGAUCCAGCAUGACUGACUGACAAACCCCAUCGGCAGCUCCGCCAUUUGCAUGAUGGUGCGGAAAGCCAGCUGCAAGGAAACACUGAAGACACAUAUCUCGCAAAUGUUGUUUGUGUGUUUUUGUUUUAAUAUAAUUGGUGAAAGUGUUGGUUUUUAAAAGCAGCAGUGAUUGGAUUGUUUGGUUUUUUGUUUUUUGGUUUUUUGGUUUUGGUUUUUGCUAUUUCGUUCCGUUCUUGACCAAAGCUUCUCUUUUAGUAGUUUAUUAUGGAAAAUUGUCACACUAACUUAAAAGAAAGGGUGGGGAGAUACAUAAAUUGCUAAAAACAAUUAAAUAAAAAUACUGAAAUGUG